AUGAAGCUCCUUGCACUCUCCACUAUUCUCGCCUCUGCAGCCCUCGCGGCCUCGACCUGCAACGACUACAAGGUCUUCCGCGGCAGCCACGGCUACGACGUGUGGCUGCCCGUCAACUCGGGCUCCAAGACGUGCGAGAUGGGGGCCAACGCGCAGAGCGACGCCGUCUACAUCCUCCAGACGACGCUCAACUCCAAGUGCUACAACUACGGGCUCGAGGAGGACGGCAUCUUCGGCCCCAAGACGGUCGCGGCCCUCAAGAAGGCCCAGGCCAAGCACGGCGCCGCCGCGGACGGCGUGUACGGCCCCGAGACCAGAGACAAGAUCGCGUGGGAUGCGUACAAGGCGGGCGCCGUCACCUGCUUGAAGCUGUCGCAGACUUGA